UUUUGACGCACCGCUUCCAGGUGAAUUCCCUCGCCUCUCUCUUUCUUCGCCCUCUCCUUGGUCUAAUUCCCUGGUGUGCGAAGAAGAACUGACCCGCUGAGAAUGUCGCACGACAAUUUAGGAUUUACCUCGAGUACGGAUGCUUUGGAUACUAGAAGGUGGUCGUCCAAGAACAACCAAAAUGGUUACGAUUCAUCCCACAAGUCCAACAUAUACGUGCUGGAGCUUGAGGAGAAGAAGAAAAGCGUACAGGAGUACGAAGAGGAUUACAAUCCUUACGAUCAUAGAGACGUUACACAUCCAACUACGACCUGGGAGACGCUGUUACAUCUGCUGAAAGGCAGCUUGGGCACCGGGAUCCUUGCGAUGCCAAAGGCUUUCUACCAUGCUGGAUAUGGUGUUGGCAUAGUGGCAACCAUAAUCAUAGGUGUAUUCUGUACUUAUUGCAUGCGGAUAUUGGUCGGCUCGCAGUACGAGCUCUGCAAGAGGAAAAAGGUCGCCUCGUUGUCUUAUCCUGCCACGGCGGAAGCUGCUCUGUCGGAGGGUCCAGCGCCGCUCAGGCGAUUUGCCAAGGCUUCUAUCCACACGAUAAACGUGUUUCUCAUGGUAUAUCAAUUGGGAAGUUGCUGCGUCUAUACCGUGUUCAUCGCCACGAAUUUGCAAACGGCACUGGACACGUAUGUUUCAGGUAUUGAUGUCAGAUUGUACAUGCUGGCAAUCCUGUUACCUCUGAUUUUGGUCAAUUGGAUCAGGAAUUUGAAGUUCUUGGCGCCGUGUUCCACGGUGGCCAACUUUAUUACCUUCAUCAGCUUUGGCAUAAUAUUGUACUAUAUAUUUAGAGAGCCUUUGACAUUCGAACAUCGUGAAGUGAUCGGGAAUGUGGAGAAUUUCCCCCUUUACUUUGGCACCGUGCUAUUCGCUCUCGAAGCUAUUGGCGUGAUACUGCCACUGGAGAACGAAAUGAAGAAGCCCAAGGUGUUCAUACGCACGUUCGGCGUCCUAAACAUAGGAAUGGGCAUGAUUGUGUUCCUCUACACGGGGCUCGGUUUCUUUGGUUACAUUCGCUACGGCAGUGCCAUCGAGGGUAGCAUCACCUUAAGCUUGAACGAGCCUCUGGUCCUCGCCAAAAGUGUUCAAAUCCUCCUGGCUAUCGCUAUCUUCUUCACUCAUCCGAUUCAGUGUUACGUGGCGAUCGACAUCGUGUGGAACGAGUACAUCGCACCGAAUUUCGAGAAGAAUUCGCACAAGGUGUUGUGGGAGUACGUCGUCAGAACAUCCCUCGUCCUUCUCACGUUUCUGUUAGCCGUGGUGAUUCCUGAAUUGGACCUCUUCAUAUCAUUGUUCGGCGCACUGUGCCUCUCUGGCUUGGGGCUGGCGUUCCCCGCGAUCAUUCAAAUAUGCACGUUUUGGCACACGUGCGAUCGUACUGGAAAGGCCAUAAUGUUGGCGAAGAACAUGUCGCUCGUCCUCUUCGCUCUUCUUGGUUUCGUAGUUGGAACCUACACCAGUCUUCGUGACAUCAUCAAGCAUUUCUCGUGAGCACUCUGCAAGAGGAA